UUGAGGAUGUUGUGACCCAGCUGGACCCCUCCUGCCAGCGCGAUCAGGUGACUCCUGCUGCAGCUUCUUCCUCCACUGCACUGCAUCAUGCACCCGUGCUGAGAGGCGGCUCGUUUCCUGCCAACAGUUUGCCGGUGGGGGAGGUGAGGUGUUCCUGCACACUUCAUCUUUUGCGUGUGCAACCUGACAAUGACUCAUACAAUGGAACAGGAUGUGAGCUCUGCACUCAUGAGCCGGCCUGUGUGUGGGAGACCAAAGAAGAAGGGUGAUCUGAGCUCCUCUGCAUGCAGGACAGGUGUGCGGCCCAGCAGGUGCUCUCACACUCACAUCCUUCUUUCUGUCUGAGCGCAGAGCACAUGGAGCAGCAGAGCUCCACGCCUCAGACCCUCUGGAGCCACAGGACCAACUCUGUUCCUCCGAAGCUGCAAGAUCAAAUCUCAGAGCUUCUUAAACCCCACAUGGUCUGUCAGGUUACCCCCAUCAUUCUAAACCACAGGUGCCAGUCAGGGGGAAGAUCUGCCAGCAGGUUUGUGGUGCUGUGUCGAUGGAGGGCUUUCCUGGUUGUCAACAAGCAGCCGCUGAAGGUGGAGCACACGUUCAGCUUCAUGGACAUUUCCUCCAUCAACAUCCCCAGUCACACAGAGUUGGAGUUGGAGAUGGAUGGUCAGACGGUGUCCUUCAGUGUCCUGCACACCGAAGAUCUGGCUGCUAUAAUCAGUCACAUGACUGCGUCUCUGAAGAGGAUCUUUCCUGAUUCCUCCCCAGGAAAUUUGCUGAGGACGAUUCCUGCAGACCUCCAGAAGAGACUCCACACCCUGACGGAAAUGGUAGAGCAGCAGCUGAGCGCCCAGCCCAGCCCCUGUGGAGGGUUCUCAGAUACUUAUGCUGCUCUGUGUGAUUUCAAUGAAAUGCAGUUUAAGGAGGAGAUCCAGUGGGAUCUUGACAAUAUCUACCACAUACACAACAGCAAAGUCUUUAAUCUUCAAGACUUCGGCCAUUUGGACACCAGAGACUUGGCUUUGGCAGUGGCAGCUUUGUCCUUCAACCAGUGGUUCAUCAAGAUCCAUUGCAAAGAGUUCAAACUGUCCGUGGACAUCCAGCAGCAGCUGACCUUUCUGCUGUCCAGAUCUCCAAGUCUGCAGGAACUCUCUCUGGAGGGCUGCGGUCUAAAAACGGACUUUGCAGUGAAAAUGGCAGCUGCUCUUCAAGAGCGCAUGUCCUGUCCUCUACAAUCAAUCAACCUGUCUGGAAAUCCCAUUGAAGACAAAGGAGUCACAGCUCUCAGUCAGCAGUUACAUCUUCUGGAUGAGGGACUCAAACAUCUCUCUUUGAGCUGUAUAUCCAUGACUGCUAAAGGUCUUGGCAGUCUCAGUACGGUCUUAUCCUCCAAUCAGCUCUUCUCAGCAUCUCUGACCCACCUGGAUCUGUCAAAAAACCCCGGCAGUCUCUCCACCGAGGAUGCCAUGUUCCUCUUCAGUUUCUUGUCCAACAAAAACUCGCUGUCCCACCUGGACCUCAGCGACACCAGCUGCCCCCUGGACACGCUCUUCGUGUCCCUGUCUGCUGGCUGCUGCAGCCGGCUGCAGCACCUGAACUUGGCCAGAAAUCCCUUCAGCCACAGAAAGGUGCGGGACGUGACCAGGAGCAUUCGGCAGUUCUUCAGUCAGAGUUGUGAGCUGAAAUAUGUGGGUCUGUCUGCAACCAAACUUCCUGCACAAGCCCUCAGGUUGCUGCUGCAGGGUCUGGCCACCAACACUUGUCUCUUUGGCCUGGAGUUGGACCUCAGCAGCUGUGAGCUGCGCUCAGCAGGAGCCCAGGUCAUACAGGAGCACAUCUCUGAGGCCACCGCCAUCAGGAGUCUGGACAUCUCUGACAACAGUUUGGAAAACCACAUGGUGACUCUGGUUCUGUCGGUGGGUCGAUGCCGGUCUCUGCGUCAGCUCUCACUGGGAAAGAACUUUGCCAUGAAGUCCAGAGCUCUCUCUGAUCUUCUUCAUCGAAUUGCCCAGCUCAUCCAGGAUGAAGAGUGUCCACUGCAGUCCCUGUCAGUGCGCGACUCCAAGCUGAAAACAGGCGUGCACAUCCUUCUGAGCGCGCUGGGCGGCCACGCCGCUCUGACUGAGCUGGACAUCAGUGGAAACCACAUUGGAGACACAGGAGCCAAAAUGCUGGCCAAGGCCCUGAUGACCAACACCAGGCUGAGGACUCUAAUGUGGGACAGAAACAACGUGGGUGCCAGAGGCUUUCAGGAUGUGGCGGAGGCUUUGGAGAGGAACUUCUCAUUACAAAAGAUGCCUCUGCCAUUGGCUGACAUCACGCAGAGUUACCGCAGCAACCCAGAGGGAACGAAGGAGGCCCUGCACAAGAUUCAGUUGUGUUUGGACAGAAACAACAAGAGACAGUGUGGCACCAUAGAGCUGCAACAGGCCUUCAGCUGUCACCAAUUUGAACAGCUGAUCCAGGAAAAGUGUCGGCAGUUGGAGGACAGCCUGCAUUGUCUCAGCCUCUGCGGCUCUCAGGAGGUGCAGCUGGAUGUCCUGGCGUCGUAUGAACUGCUACAAAAUGCCAGGGAGGCUUUGAAGCUGCUCCCCUCUCUGUGUGAGGAGGGCUGGAGAAGCGCCCCCGAUGGAGACUCUGUGAAGGACAUCCUCAGUGACGCUGCUGCUGCACUGACUGAUCACAGCAGCAGAAGCAUUCAGGAGCUGGCUCGUGGCCUGAUGGGACAUGCAGAAGGGGUGUCUCCUCGAGUGGUCCAGCGCUCCAGCGUGUGCACGUCUCUGUCAGAAUGUGUGUCCAGGACAAGCAGGCAGGCGCAGGACAUGCUGUGGAGCACUCUGGUGGAGGGUGCGGGGCAGAGCGUCAGCAGCAGACUGAGAGAGCUGAGACGCACGUUGACUGUUACCCUGGUUGAAAGUGUUGUGGAACAGCUGCUGCAGGAUCUGACAGAUGCUCUGGACAAAAUGAAUUGCCUCAUUAAAGAAAGUUCCAGCAACACUUCAAAAUUCAACAUCCCAGAGUUGCGAGUGGCUGAUGCUGACUUUCCAACAGAUGACUACUCUCCGGCAUUCUGGAGGAACAGUUUGCACUCCAAGAGCCUGAGGCCAGCCGCGUCGCUCAAGAGUCUGUUGGAGGCCGACUGGGAGCAGCAGAGCAGAGGCAGUAGAACAGAGAGGCAGAGGGGAGGGGGCUCUGCAGAGGAGGACACCUUCCCGCCACUGCUAACGGCGACCUCACUGCCACUCAAAUCCUCUAGUCCCUCCCCUUCCCCUUUUACUUCCUUGUCCCCCUCCCCCUCAGUAGAGAGAGGAAGGAGGUGGAUGGAGGGGGAGGUGGUGCCAGCGGAUGCUGCAGAAGCACCAUCAAGAGUCAGAGGAGCAUCGUUCAUCCCUCUCCCCGGUCUCCCUCCUCUUUGCUCCAUCUCCACUCGAGCUCCACUGGGGGAGGAAAAGGGGGAGGUAGCUGACUUCCAGAGGAGAGAGUCUCCCAUCCGCGGCCCCAGCCCAGGCCCCCUCCCCGGCGCUGGAUUCCCUGCUUCUCCUAUGGAGCCUCUACCCUCCCAGGGACAGACGCUGAGGCACUACACCGCCACCCGACCACGACCACGACGCACACACACACAGCCCCCCUCUUCCAGGCCUCAGGAGGCGGCGUCCAAGGAAGACAAUGAGUCCAGCGAAGUGAUUGGCAGAGUGGAUGAAGGAGUGGAAGAAUUCUUCACCAAGAGAAUCAUCCCUGACUAUGCACUAAAAGGCCGAUGGGAGGAGUCAAACCCUGCCCAAGCCUCUCCCUCCGAGUCAAGCCUCACCUUCUCUGCCUCCCCCCCAUUUUCCUCCUCAUCUGACGUCAUCCCCACAUCUACUGUAACCGCUGUCACCUGUCCUCCUGUCAUAUCUCCAGACACACCCCUUACCUCUCCUGACGCUCCUCCCCCUGCAACCUCCUCACCUUGCCCCACCUCUGUCACCACCUCCACCACCCCCACCUCGGUACCCACAAAAAAUAUCAAGAAAAAGUUUGGGGAUUUCUUCGCCUUCAAGAGGCCUCGAGCCAACCGAGCUGCAAAGGCGAGCGGGGGAGAGGGAGGAGCUGAGGGGGUGAAGGUCAAAAGAACCUCCAUUGCAGACCUUAUUCGACCCCUCCGAGAGGCCAAGGAGAGGGACAAGGACAGGGGGGCAAGGUCAGUAGAGGAUGCUAACCUUUGUAAUGAUGCCAUCAUCACAGAAGGAAUCGGCGCCGGCAGUGCAGGCGGUGCGGGGGGAGUGACAGCACCUGCAGAGACUUUACCCACGACCAUGCCUCCAAGGAAGACCACGCCCUCCCCUGUCACCAUCACCACAAGCCCUGACAUCCCCUCCACUACACUCCCUGGCCUGGACAAAGAGGGAGCUGCUGUGCUGAGCCUCCCUCCGCCUGAGGAGGAGGUGCAGGCAGGGAGGAAGCUGUCCGGAGAGAGGAGGCUGAGAGUGGCCAAGAGACUGCGAGAAGGCAAGAGCCAAAGCCUCAUUCUGCUGACGGGGUCAGAGCCGGAGGACAAGGACAACACGGCCAGCAAGAAACAUGCGUCUGACACCACGGCCAGCUUUGAGCAGAGGCUCCAGGUGAUGCUGCAGCGGAUUGGAGUGACCAAAACCCCCCCAGCAGACACCAAGAUGUGCCAGAACAAAGAGGAAGAGCUCAGGAAGGCCAACUCUGAAGGUGCCAUCCUGGACAAACCAAGCCCCGCCCCCGCCUGCACCAAGCCCAGAACCAUGUCCACGUCAUCAGCUGACCCCAGACUUCCCCCGAGGCCAGUCCAGCCUCUGCACCCAAAACCUUCUCUCCCUGAGCGCCCUGUGGGCCUUCCCCCUCCCAGACCUGCAGUGGCAGUGAAGCCUGCAUUUGCCACCCCUGCUACUUCUGCAGGAAAGCUGACCCCACCCCCAUUAGCUCCUCCUACAACGCCGCCACGGCUAAUCAGGCAAGACGAGUCUGAACCACAGAAUGGGAACCAGGAGAGUUCAGCCUCCUCCACAUCCCCCAGGAAAGACCUGCUAUGUCCAGUUCCUGCUCCACGGAGGGGGCUCAGCGCACAGGAUCGCUCUGACAAAACCCACUCGCAGACUGAUGAAAGCCUUGCUAAGCCAUGUCCGCACCUGAAGCCCAUCCCUCAGCGCAGAGCUGUGUCCGUGCAUGAGGACGCUCUGGCCAUGACCCAAGAGCUAAAGUCCGUUUUACAGAGAUCACCAAUCGGUUUCCAUGGCGAUAAGUGGGAUCUUCCCUCCUUCAGUGAAGAUGAAGCACAAAGACCCCACGCUGAUGGAAGGAAGGAGGAGCUGCAUCUAGAGAGUAAAGGAACGGGCAGUGUGGACACUGCAGCUGUCACUAAACAGCCCCCACCUGGAAAGGAUUCAGUGGCCCCCCCGUCUGCAGCUCAGGCUCAGCGUGAACCUUCAGGGCUUCAGAAGGUUCUGAGCGGCUCAGAGAGCUCUGCAGAAACCCCACUGUCCCCAGGAAGGCCGGCCUCAGCCGCCACCGCCCAGAAGGAUGGCCCCAGCCCAACCUCACCCCCCCAAAUCUCAGACAGACCUCUAGUCUCCCCACCAUCCAAAGAAACUGCCCCCAGCAUACCCCCGUCAAAAACACCCCACCUGAGCCCCAAACACCAGGAGAAUGGAUCCUGCACAGCGCUCCCCCCUGCAGGUCUGCGACACAGCACACAGGAUCGGCACGAGCACAGAACUGACCCCGCCUCAUCUGAUUGAUGGACCGAGGACUCAGGGGGGGGGGCUGCUGACUUCAUCGACUCUAUGAGCUAAAGCACAGAUGCACACACAUGCAGGAGGAGUCGCACUAGACGGGCUGUUCUUCACAAGAGGCCGCUGAUGGUUCCAUUCUGUGAUCCAACACAGCUGCUGAGGGGUUCAGAGCCCCCCCCUCGUGUUAAAAACACCUCACUGCAACAGAGACAAACCAGCAAAUAACAUCAUGCUGUAAAGACAGACCUUCAGGAAAACAGGAAGUGCCCGUUCAGCACGUUUAGACUUUAUACUAAGCACUUAAAAACCCUACUUCAGGGGGAUCCUUCCCAACCAAGACAGGACAAAUGUCACCUUCUGUAUGGGGGGGGGGCAUCCUCACUCAGACCUGGACCAUAAAGACUGGGCAGGGAGAACCGGCGUGCUGUUGCCCAUAACGACUGGAGCCUGUCAGAGUCUGACUGCAGUUUCAUGCAGGAAGCUGAUCUGCAUCUGCAAACACAUGCCUCUGCACACAUUCAUGCUAUUGUACAGAAUAGACUAUAUUGACAGUUUCUUCAGGACAGACUCAGUUUUAUCACCAAAAGUUAUCGUACAUUUACACCCAAACAAUGAACUCAAAAGCGCACUUUUCUAUAUUUUCACCAAACUGGUUCCUGACGUCCCUGAUCAGCAGAGCACGUGUUGAAAGUGAGACAUUUGGAUGGGAGUUUACGUUCGACUGGAGGCGGUGUGUCUCAGAAGGUGCACAGCAGCCUGUCUGACAUCAGCUGGAACCCCAUGCCAACCCCCCCAAUGUAAAGUGUAGUGAAGUGUGUAGGUCUUAUACAAGACUUCUAAAUGCUGCAAAACCCAGAACAGUCAUGUUGUGUCAUGGACCGGAUGUAAUAUCAUUCAUUUGUGAUUACAACGUUUACCUUAAAAGUAGAGUAAUUUAGGUGUGACCUCAAUCUUAGGCCUCAACUUUUGGUCUUUCUAUUCUAGUAAUUUUCAGUAACCUCGAGAGCUACUUUCUCUGCAGCUGGAGGAUCUGACACCCUCAGGUGUUCUCUUCAGCUGUCAGAGGAAGAGAUGAGGAAACGCCUCCCUGUUUCUGCUUUGGUGCCGUCAGGCUUCACCAGCAUCUCUACAUCCCACCACCGACAUCUACCUUUAACUUUACAAAUGCAUGCAAACUCACUGAGACAGACCUGUUUUACUGGAAAACAACAGGAGGGGGAAUUUUCUAAAAACUGUGGGGGGAAAAAGAAAAAGAAGGCUUCUACAUGUUUUAAUACCUUCUGAUCAGGUUGAGGGGCAGGAUAUUCAGUCAUGUUGAGUCUGAAGCAGGAAAAAUAACGUUUCAUCAAAUACAGCAACAACAGCAGUAACUGGAUAACAUUGACAGAUUCAUGUGAACAAGUAAAAGUUUAAUACCAUUACAGUAAAUGACAAUAUCAUCUGCAUAAAGAUGAAGAAAGAAAGAGAUACAGCACUGACUGUAGUGGGCCCUGAGACUGGCUCUUGUGGUACAUCUGUUCAGAUAGUUGGAAACAUUAGGGAGAAUGACACUGCUCAAAUUCUUUACAAUAUUUGGAAAUAUAGGACACAAAGACAGGUAACAUUUCACAGAGUCUGUCCUGUAACCCUUGUGCUAUCCUAGGCACUUUAACAUUGGGAGUUGGGUCAUCUAGACCCACUUGACAGUGCUCUGAACCUUUUUUCUUCAAUGAUUUGUGA